AUGCAGGAAGCGGCGCUCGAUGCGCUCUUGCCGCAAGAGACGCCGCAGCUGGUGCGCCUGCGCACGAUGGUGAAUGAUGGACUGGUCAUGCUGCGCAGCAAAGGCCACUGGGACGCGCCGCCGCAGGACUCGUGCCUCGAUCGAGCGGCGCUGGACUGGGAAGGGCGCACCUUGACGUGGAAACGCGGCGCUACCAUCGUGCAGACGUACACAUUUACAGAGCCCAUUUGCGCUGCAUGUACGGCGUGGAUGGAACACAAUGGGAGCAAGAUAGAAAGCGCACUGUGUAUUUUUCUGGAGCGCUCGGCGCUGUUUUAUUUUCCGCGGCUGGGCGAAGAGUACGUGCAGCCAUUGUAUUUCCGUCUUGCAAGCGUCUUUCCACUCAGCGUAGGGCUCAUGCUUUUGCGUGAGCGCGAGCCGGAAGACUCGAAUGGGCAGCUCGACGCUGCGCACGAGGCGGCGCCGCUGCCUUCGGCGUUUUACUUGCGCAACGUAUUCGACGACCUCACGGGGUGGGUCGAGGCGCGUCGGAUCACUACAUCGGAGAGUAUAUCUACAUUGCACGGCGUGCACACACCGUUUCCGCAUCCCGAUGAGCGCGUCGUGUACGCCUGCGGCUCCGAAUGCGCCUUUCCCAUCCUUGUGACGGCCAACAUUAGCACCGCGCGCCUUCGUGUAUAUGCCUACGUAUGUGCCUCGGAGCCAUUUCCACGCACCGCUGACGAGCCGUUCUGGGAGCAACGCAAAGCGCGCCGCUCGAGCGCGCCGCUCGCGCACCGCCGUUCGCGCCGCAGCAGCGGCCGAGCCGAGCCACGCAGCGAUUUACACGUCAUCAGCGAACUGGCUCCGUAUCCCCGCGCCGAUGCGCUUGUAGGCUUGGACGCGGAACUCGGGGAGCGCCGCGCAUCUGCAGCAUUUCCCCGCAACACGCGGCAGCGCAGGUCGUCGCUGCCCGCACACACGCCGCCGCCCGAGGAGGAGAUCGCCCCGUUUGACGAUUUUGUCCACGCACACGCCGCCGUGGCACUCCUUGACGAGAUUCACGCGCCUGCACUCGCGUCCGGGAUCGAUGCAGCGCAGGUGCACUGCUUCUUAUGCGCAGCACGCGGCACGACGUAUUUGUACAUUGGCCUCCCUGCCACGAGCCUCUAUUGCCGCCGUUUGGACGCGCAUCGGAGGGGCGAUGCCAUGGAGUGGAUUGCUGCUGUGCCGCACGAGGUGGAUGCGGUCGUGAGCGCAAACAAGGCGCGUGCCGUGCAUGUGCUGGGGCAGGCUGCCAUGGUGCUUGCGACGCCCGCGCCGUGCCUUGUCCUGGGGCCGCCGACAAAACGCGUCGCGCGCAUUCCUUUGCUGUGUGCAUUUGACGACGUGCAAUGGGACAAACUCGAUAUCGAGCCGCAAGAGCCGCUUGCGAGGCACCUGGUGCACACGCUUCUCGCGACGCUCCCUGCGGAUGACAGCAGCGCGCUCUUGCGCGCGUGCGCUAUAGAAACAGGUCUGGAGAAUGGGUAUGCAGCGCGACUGCUCACUUGGCCGUUCGUGCAGCGCCUUUUGGGCGUCUCGGUCCACGCACCCCCGCUCGAUCCGUUUCUUGCCGACGUGCUGAACGAGCCAUGCGAAAUUGCGUACGAGCCGUGCACGCCGCUCGUUGCGCCUGCGCCUCUUGCGCUUGUCUUGCACUUUCUCGCGAUGGACGCGAUGGUAGAUCUGGAGCGGCGCGCGCACCUCGCCCAUCUCUUGCCCAUUCUUCAAAGUCUUUUGACCGCGCUUGGAUGGGGCACCUGGGCUGAUUUCUGGGCGCGGCGCUUUCCCGACGUGCGUGCAGCGACGCAUGCCGCUGCCGAACGUGUGCGGCCGCCCGACGUGUAUGAAAUUGUGCACGCAUGUCUUGAAGGACGCGCCGCAUCGCUCGAUACCGUCUAUGCGCAAUGUGCCUCGCAGUCUGGCGUCGUGCCCACCAGUAUUGCGCGGUGGUGUACGUGGAGCGCACAGCUCCUCGAGCUCUACAGUACGCUCGGCAACGCUGCGCUUGGCGCUGACUCUGCGCGGCGCGUCGUGCAAACGCUGCUCGACGUGCAUUGGGGCCAUGCACAGCUGGCCAAGCUUCCUGCGGGACUUGCGCUCCCUUUCGAGGAAGCGCUCCGCACCGUGCAGCUUAAUCCCCCGCGCGACUGGCACCACGAAGCGUACAAGCUGUUGCGGCGCGACGAUGCGUCUGUACAAGCGUCGCACGCGCCCGCCGAAGCGCACGUUCCUACGAAGCUCUACCGCACGCUCCCCGACCACGAGCUCGAUCCUCUCUCUGCACAGCUUUUCCCGAAAGACUAUCGACUGUGCGAAGUUGCGCGCAUGCUGCAGACGACGAGGCCGAACAGUGCCAUGGUGCACCACGACGAGGACCGCGACGAGCCGGAGUUUCAAGCGGAAGUGUUUGCGCAAGGGCGAGCGCUUGCAGAGCGUACCAUGGCGCAGUGCAUUGGCCGCGGCAUGUUUCGCAUGGCUUCGCACGCGCUGCGGUCGACGGUGACGUGGCACGCGCCGCGCCUCUGCUUGGCGCUGCGCACCUUUCCCGGCGGCGGCCUCCUUGAUGAUCUGUACGUGGGCGAUGCCAGCGAGCUUGCCUGGCCAGAGUUUCACAAUGGCGUUGCAUCCGCACUGGAAAUGGCCGUGCACAUCGAUACCAGGAUCGAAAGCAACUGGAUCUUUGCACACACCACGGCCCACAACGAUCCCAACCGCCACGCUGGAUUUUUGCUGGGCCUGGGCCUGCAUGGCCAUCUGAAAGGGCUCGGUAGAGUGCAUGCGUACCGCUACUUGACGCCGCGGCACGAGCUCACCACCAUCGGGCUGGUGCUUGGCCUCGCGGCAUCGUUCUUGGGCACUGCCGAUCCUGCCGCGCGGCAGGUCAUGGCCGUGCAAAUCACCGCGUUUUUGCCGAGCGGCAGUGUUCCGCUGCACUUUGAUACUCUCACGCAAGCAGCUGGCUUGCUUGGGAUGGGCCUUGUCUUUUGUGCCACCGACCACCGCUGGACUGCGGAGAAGUUAGUCGAGGAGCUAUGCUCGCCGCAUCUCGACGCCGAGGCGAGCAGCGCGAUGCACGACGUGUACGCAACCAGUGCAGGCCUUGCUUUGGGGUUCGUAUUUCUUGCACGCGGGCGGCGCACCGAUAUGGAGAGCCCGUCGGACGCAAAGCUUUUGGCACAGCUGCGCAAGCUUGUUCUGGGAGGGGGCGAGCGCAUCCCAGCGAACAACCGUGCGUCUCUCGCCGCUGUCCUCGCCAUUGCACUUAUUUUCUUGCGCAGCGGCCGGCAGGACGUGGCAGAGCUGCUGGCGCCGCCGGCGAGUCGCGCACACUUGGACCACAUUCGCCCGGACCUUUUGCUGUUUCGCACACUUGCGCGCUGCCUCGUCUUGUGGGACACGAUCGCGCCGCACGAGGCAUUCUUUUCAGGGACACUUGCGCCUUGCAUGCACGGAAAUCCGCUCGAUAUGGGGUACGCCGAGCAGCUGGGAUGGUACAAUAUGCGCGCAGGCGCAUGCCUUGCGCUUAGCCUGCGCUUUGCCGGCACUGCAGAUGCACAGACGCGGUCCGUGCUCCUCCGGCAGCUCGAGUACUACGUCGAUAGCGUUCCUGCACCUGGCCACCGCGCGCGGUACUCGGACAGAAUUGUACACGCCGCGCGCGAGACGCUCCGCGACGUGCUGCACGUAGCGCUGGCGACUGUGAUGGCCGGCACGGGCGACGUGGACCUCUUGCGUCUCUAUCGCAUGGCACACGGCGAAGCAAAGCGCUCGUACGGCGGGCAUAUGGCAACGCACAUGGCGUUGGGCCUCUUGUUCCUGGGAGGCUGCCGUUUUACGCUAGGCCGCAGCGACGUUGCGAUUGCAGCGAUGCUCACCGCCUUUUUGCCGCGCUAUCCAUCCACGCCGUCCGAGAAUUACGCACACCUCCAAGCAGCACGCCAUCUCUACAUCCUUGCCCUCGAUCCGCGCCUCUUGGUGGGGCGCGACGUGCGCAGCGGCGAUACCUGUUUUCUCCCGGUACGUGUGCACGGCAAGGCGCGAUGCAAGCUCGAGGCGCCGGCGCUGCUGCCGCCUUUGGUCGAGAUCGAGGCGAUUGAGAGCGUGAGCAGGCGGUACUGGCCGGCGGCGUUGCAGGUGCAGGAUAUCUUGCACGAAACGCGCGAGGCGCGCCACAUUCAUUGGUUCCACGUCCAGCGCCGCACAGGCUACCUGAGCUACUUGGACGAUCCGCACGGCCAGCGCAGCAUCUUUGCGCGCUCGCGUGGCUGGGCGGCGCAUCCGUUCAGCGCAGGCACGCGCCAAGAGGCCCACGCCGUCUUGCGCGAUUUGCGUGAGCUGGUGCACCACUUUGAGACCGCGCCGCAGUAUGCAGCGCUCGUGCGCUUGGUUUGUGCGCACGGACAGCACCCAUUUUCCGUGUUUUGUGCGGCGGUGCUAAUGGACACGCUCACAAAAGAUACACCAGCGCUGAGCCGCAUAUUCUUUGCGUUCUGGGCGGGCCUCGCGCGCGGGCAAGAAGGAAACGAUGGCGCAUUGUUCCUCGCAGAUUUGGCGUUUUUGGACGCGUACUACAAAUGCGACGCGGAUGCACGGCUCAGGGAACACCGCGAGGCACUCUUGGAGCCGGCAGUGCUUGCGAGCGUGCAGAGCACCGCACACGCCAAGGCGCACGGCGAGGUGGACGCGUACUUGGACGGGAGCAACGCAGCACUUUCGAGGAGCGUGGCGUACCGUUUGGCGGCCCUCGGCGCGCCAUUGCAAGCAGAUUUGCAGGACGUACGCGCCAAGUUUCAGAGCACGCCGCGCACGGUUGCUGUUGACGUGCUGCGCCAGGUCGUGUGCCGCACGGUGCGCGGCGUGCGCAGCGAGGCGCUUGUGCGUGCAUUGACAAAAGCAUGGUAA